AAUUGCGUAUACGCCGUGUGUUUAUAUUUAUGUCUUGAAUCCUUAUAAUUUUUAUAAUUAUUGCAUUUAAAAUUGCAAAAAUGGUUUAUUUGCACUUUCCCUCGAAUCUCACUGAAGAAGAAUUGAUGCUCCAAACAAAGUACAACAAGUUAAAACGAAAGAAAAAAGCUCUGCAAGAUCUUAAAACACCAAAACCUGAACCAGAGCGAAUGCCUCAAGCUCCCAAACGUCCUACAGAGGCUAGAGAUGCUCGAGAAGUUGCUAAGAAACUAAUUAAAUCUGGAGUAAUUACAGCUCCAAAAACACCUAAAAGGCCUGAACAAUCAUUUAAAAGACCACGAGGAUUAGAGAGGAAAUUAAAUACAACAGAAAAAACUGUAUGUUCUUACCAGCCAUUUUCAGCGACACAACCAGAAGAAGAAGAAAGCGAUACAACUGCAAGACCUAGAGUAAAAGAUCUUUAUGAUUCUUUUGUCAGCGCGCAGUCCAAAGAUGAUAGAGGAACAGUUUCUGAUAAACAAACUACGUUAAAAACUGAAUCUAGACCGAGAGCAGGAAACACGAUAUUCGUAUCGGGUUAUAAAAUAUCUGAAGAUUUUUUGAAAAAGCAUUUUCAGUCGUUUGGAAAUAUUUUAAAUAUUUCUAUGGAAGCUGAAAAAAACCGUGGUUUUGUCACCUUUGAUAAACCAGAAGCAGCUGAAAGAGCAAUAAGUGAGAUGGAUGGAAGUAUGGUGUCCUCAAUUCAACUCAAAGUUUCUCUCGCUCGACGACAACCGAUAAUUGAUCCAAUAAACGAUACUACUUCAAGCUCAAUGUGGUCGUCAAUAGCAGCAAAUUAUUCUCAAAAGAGUGCACAUAAAGAUGGACGAGACAUGAAAAUUUAUGAAGAGGAUCUCUUCCAAUAGUUUUUAAAGUUAAGAGUACACAAUUUACACUUUAUUAAAACGAGAAAAUGAACAUUUACCUGACUUGUAUUAACUUCGCCAUCAGUUCUGGAUUCAGUGCAGGGGGUGGCCGCAGUUAGAAAUCGCUCUUCAAGUCUGUCCUGGAAUUGUUGCGCUGUUUCAACCUCUUCAGAGAGAUCACCACUGCCCAACUCUCUGCCUUCCAUCGCACUGUCCUCGAUUCGACCAUCGAGGGGCAAGAUAACAUCGUCACCAUCGAGACGUGGUCCUAGUGUGAAUUUGCUUCGUAUGUCGAUGCUAUCAUCGCUAUCAGCGACGGGUGCUACGUCUGUGUCAAUGAUCCUGACGACUGGCGCUGAGCCUGUAGUCUUUGGCGAUCUUCCUGCACCCACUGGCUCGUACUCGUGCUCACUGUGUAUAGAAUACAUUUUCUAAUUGAUGUAAAUACACUUUGUUUUUAUUAUAGAGAAGUUUAAAAACGU